UUCACGCUGGCCACGCGGCGCUUACUCCAACGCUCACCGCACCCCCGUCUGUUCCAGGUGGCGGCCAGGGCGACGUCAGCGUUGUCCGGGUGGGAGCUCAACGAACAGGGCGCGCCCGUGGCAGCCGCGCUCAAGCAGCGGGCCCCGCCCACCACCACGACCACCACCACGCCAAAGCCCCAUGACGAGGACGACGAGGACGACGAGGACGACGAGGAAGAUGAGGAGGAGGAGGAGCAGCACUACGAGGACGAGGAGAGCGAGGAUGCCGACGACGAGGACGAGGACGACGAGGACGAAGACGAGGACGAAGCCUACCAGGAGGACAUGCAGGCCCUCAAGCCGUCCGACGUCGACCGUCAGCUGCUGCUGUUCAAGAGCGAACUCGAGUGCCCGGACCCUGACUACGACAAGAUGAAGGACAAGAUGCUGCGCGGCUACGAGAAGCGCAUGAAGGGCGGCUUCUCCAAGGGCAAGAACGUGCUGCUGAGCCUGCUCUUCAUCCACCUGGACAAGAACAUGGACGGGCGGCUGGACCACGCCGAGCUGGACAAGGCGCACACCGAGCUGCACGCCGACUGGCCCGAGCACUGCACGCCCUCCCUGCUCAUCAUCCACGACGACGGCAACGGCGACGAUCUCCUCGACAACGACGAGUUCGUCCGCUCCUUCAACCGCACCAAACUCGUGUUCUGUACGCGUGGCUCCGCCGCCCGCAUCAUUGUCUUGUUCAGGCAUUUUCCCUGUCCCGCCUGCCCUGCUCUGCCAUUGUCUCUGACGAGGUGCGUCUCCAUUCUCUCCCCGUCAGCCAUGCCCACCGUGUCCGUGGAGCCGCGGGUCCAGACGCGCCAGCCCGGCGAGGACGCCGUCGUGUUCUGCCACGUGACGGGGGAGCCCUUCCCGCAGGUCCAGUGGCUGAAGGGGGAGGAGCCACUGCGCGCCACCGACCCCCGCAAGUACGUCACCAUCGGCAACGGCACCGAGCUGCGCAUCCGGCACGUCGACUACACCGACACGGGCGUCUACUUCUGCCAGGGCAAGUCGGCGGCCGGCACCACCCGGGACAUGACCACGCUCAUCGUGCUGCGUGAGGAGACGCAGGGCCAGGCCCUCAAGCUGCAGACGAUGCAGCACCGCUUCUUCGUGUUCCACGCCCGCGGCAUCUCCAUCCACGACCCGCGCAGCUGCCACCUGCAGUACUACAUCCGCCCGGGCACCGUCAUCCCCAACACCGAGGCCAUCCCCACCGACAAGUACCCCGUGGGCCUGCACUUCAUCCCGCACACGGGCCAGGUGUGGGUGGUGAACUGGCGCAGCGACCAGGACCGCGGCACCAAGACGAUCCAGGUGGUGCGCGACGCGCUGGAGAAGCGGCGCCACCGCACGGUGCACCUGGAGCCCGUGCGCGGCGAGUUCGACCUGGUGCAGGCGCUCUUCCUGCCGCCCGUCGGCCGCGACCUGAUGCGCGGCCUGCGCCGCGGGUACGUGUCGCACGCGCACCGCCAGGCCCUGUCCAAGGUCGACCUGGACGAGCUGCGCUACUCCAACGCCGUGGACCUCAGCCGCUACUCGUGCGUGCCCGUCGACGUCAAGUUCUCCGCGCUCUACGGCUUCGUGUUCGUGCGCUGCGCCAACCCGGCGACGGGGCUGAGCUCCAAGGUGCUGCUGCUCGACUACAUGACGGACACGGUGCUGAGCCAGUACAACAACCUGGCGGGCCGCAUCCACGUGACGCCCGACUCGCGCAAGCUGGUGGUGCUGCGCGAGGGCAAGCACGGCGUCGACCUGGUGGUCAUGCGCAUCACGAGCGUGGGGCUGUCGUUCCACUUCGACAUCCGCAGCACGCUCAACAUCAGCGACGUGGCCUUCUACCCGUCCACCUCGGCGCACGGCUACGACCUGUACGCCACGACGGUGGACAAGGACGACGUGCUGUUCCUGGACCUGUUCACCGGCCAGGUCGAGAUGAUCACGGGCGUGGGCAAGCCGCUGCUGGCGUCCAAGGCGCGCUUCGGCGCCGCCAGCAGACCCAUCGUGUCGCCGCGCACCUUCGACCGCUACCUGGUGACGCCCGGCUACGACGCCGUGUUCGUCGUCAACGGCCACGCCCGCGCCGUCAACUGCGAGGUGGGCGGCGUGGACGACCCGCGUCUGGCAGUGUGGGCAGCCAGCAUGCCCGUCUAAGGCCGAUACGUGCCCAGGCAGGAGAGGAGACGGCUAGAGGGAUUCCAAAGAGUGCGAAAUUUUUUCGGAAAAUUUUGAGGCAUUUCCAGCAAAAAUUGGGAAAAACAAAUUUUAGUCUUUCCAGAAAAAUUGAAAAACCAAAACCGUG